AUGCUGUCCCAUGGGUGGUUUCACCGAGACCUCAGUGGGCUGGAUGCGGAGACUCUGCUCAAGGGCCGAGGGGUCCACGGAAGCUUCCUGGCGCGGCCCAGCCGCAAGAACCAGGGCGACUUCUCCCUCUCCGUCAGGGUUGGGGACCAGGUGACUCAUAUUCGGAUCCAGAACUCUGGGGACUUCUACGACCUGUAUGGAGGGGAGAAGUUCGCGACGCUGACGGAGCUGGUGGAGUACUACACGCAGCAGCAGGGAGUUCUACAGGACCGAGACGGCACCAUCAUCCACCUCAAGUACCCGCUGAACUGCUCGGACCCCACCAGUGAGAGGUGGUACCAUGGCCACAUGUCUGGAGGGCAGGCAGAGACUUUGCUGCAGGCCAAGGGGGAGCCCUGGACCUUCCUUGUGCGUGAGAGCCUCAGCCAGCCUGGAGAUUUUGUGCUGUCUGUGCUCAGCGACCAGCCCAAGGCUGGCCCUGGCUCCCCGCUCAGAGUCACCCAUAUCAAAGUCAUGUGUGAGGGUGGACGCUACACAGUGGGGGGUUCGGAGACCUUCGACAGCCUCACCGACCUGGUGGAGCAUUUCAAGAGGACGGGGAUCGAGGAGGCCUCUGGCGCUUUUGUCUACCUGCGGCAGCCAUACUACGCCACGAGGGUGAAUGCGGCUGACAUUGAGAACCGGGUCUUGGAACUGAACAAGAAGCAGGAGUCAGAGGAGACAGCCAAGGCCGGCUUCUGGGAGGAGUUUGAGAGUCUGCAGAAGCAGGAGGUGAAAAACUUGCACCAGAGGCUGGAAGGGCAGCGGCCAGAAAACAAGAGCAAGAACCGUUAUAAGAACAUCCUUCCGUUUGACCACAGUCGAGUGGUCCUGCAGGGACGUGACAGUAACAUCCCUGGGUCUGACUACAUAAACGCCAACUACGUGAAGAACCAGCUGCUAGGCCCUGACGAGAACGCUAAGACCUACAUCGCCAGCCAGGGCUGCCUGGAGGCCACGGUCAACGACUUCUGGCAGAUGGUGUGGCAGGAGAACACCUGCGUCAUUGUCAUGACCACCCGGGAGGUGGAGAAGGGCCGGAACAAAUGUGUUCCAUACUGGCCAGAAGUGGGCAGUCAGCGUGUUUAUGGACCCUACACUGUAACCAAUUGCGGGGAACACGACACAGCUGAGUACAAACUCCGAAACUUACAGGUCUCCCCGCUGGAAAAUGGGAACCUGAUUCGGGAGAUUUGGCACUACCAGUACCUGAGCUGGCCUGAUCAUGGGGUCCCCAGUGAGCCUGGGGGUGUUCUCAGCUUCCUGGACCAGAUCAACCAGCGGCAGGAGAGUCUGCCUCAUGCAGGGCCCAUCAUCGUGCAUUGCAGCGCCGGCAUUGGCCGCACGGGCACCAUCAUUGUCAUCGAUAUGCUCAUGGAGAGCAUCUCCACCAAGGGCCUGGACUGUGACAUCGACAUCCAAAAGACCAUCCAGAUGGUGCGGGCCCAGCGCUCGGGCAUGGUGCAGACGGAGGCGCAGUACAAGUUCAUCUAUGUGGCCAUCGCCCAGUUCAUUGAGACCACUAAGAAGAAGUUGGAGGUCAUGCAGUCCCAGAAGGGCCGGGAAUCGGAAUACGGAAAUAUCACCUACCCGCCAGCCAUGAAGAACGCCCACGCCAAGGCCUCCCGCACCUCCUCUAAACACAAGGAGGACGUGUAUGAGAAUGUGCACAGUAAGAACAAGAAGGAGGAGAAGGUGAAGAAACAGCGGUCAGCGGACAAGGAGAAGAACAAGGGCUCCCUGAAGAGGAAGUGA